AUGGUAAAGCUUCUUUGCGAUUUCUUUAGACUGAAGAACCCGAACGAUUUAAAGGAUGUCGAGGCACGCAGGCUGCAGCUCUUUCUGGCAAAGAAAGACGCGGGCGUAUGGCUAUCGUCUCGCUUAGAAGACGUGACGAAGCUGAAGAGGGGUCAGAAAACUGCUCUCAUCAAAUUGCUGACGAGAGUAGAUCAAGAACUACAGGGAGAGGACUCACUUAAUGACUUGCUAAACGAAUGUGAUCCUCCAUUAGAUCAACAAGUUUACGUGCUGGUGAUAGUUCUUCAGCUCAAAAUGGACUGGAAGUGA